UUUAUAUUGACUGCCGUGAGAAAAUGUAAGCAUAAAACAAAACGGGAAAAUCCUGUGUGAUGUAACGUGUUUUAAAACAGUAUCAGUAUCAUAUUGCUCAGUGUUAUUAAGUUAUUUGACAAGAAGCCGUUUAUUUCACUAACUGGAACAAUCCAUCUUUAUUUCUGUCCUCUUAUUUGUUUAUAGUAAAUUUGUUGUGAGUUUUACUUACAUAAAAUAAUUGCAGUAUUAGGUGGAAAAAUGAAACAAAAUAGAAAAAAGAAAACUAUGAUAAAAGCAGGGAGAUGUGAAGCCAUUUUUCAUCAAAUUAACAGACACUACAUAAGAUUGAAAGAAAAACAGAAAAAAGAAUAUACUCGUAUAUUAUUUAUAGUUUUGAAAAAACUUAUACACAUCAUGCGAAAAGGGGAUAAACUGUUUGACAGUUUAAGGCCCAAAUUAGAUUUUUUAGGCAGCUACUUUGAUAGAUUACGCAUUGGUCAGCCGAAUGAAUACGAUAUUAACAUUAUCUUAAAAUUCCCAGUUAAUUACGAUAAAAUAAUAUUGGAUGCAGCUAACUCAUCGAACGACUAUACAGCUAUCGUAAUGCCAUCCGAAUUCCGAAGAUUAUCAAAAAUUGCUGCAACAAGUAAUCAAGGUUUUGUAAAAACUACCUCUUGGUGCAACGAGGAGUUUAAGUUGUCAGUGGUAAAGUUUCGAUCUUGGAUGCAAAGAACUGUUGAUGUUGCUAUAAAUAGUCUUCCAUUGGAAGAUGGUAUGAGGGUCUUGAAAGUUGAUAACAAAUAUAAAUAUAAACUUCAUACGAAUCUGUCGGGUCCUGCUAACACGAUAACAAUUGUAAAAGAUGACAAUGAUGUAAUUAACAUCGACUUAGUGCCAUCUUUUGCGUUUUCUUUACCAAAAAAACCUAUUCAUUCAAAAGUUUUGUUUACAAGGGUUGAGUCUACAAAAAUCUUGCGAUAUUUUGUAGUUCCUAAACCGAAUAGUGAUGAUUAUAGUUGGAGAUUAGCAUUUCCUUUUCAAGAACGAUAUUUUCUUAAAAACAGUAAUAAUUUAAAAAGCACUAUACGAAUUAUUAAGCAGUUUAGGGAUGUACAAGGUUUUACUAAACUUACGAGCUAUUUUAUUAAAACUUUAUUUUUUUGGGAAUGUGCCAGCAAUGAUAAGAGUUACUGGUGCAAAAAUUCCUUAUCUUUUUUAGUACUAAAGAUGUUAAAUAAACUUAAGGAAAGCCUAUGUAAUCACAAUAUACCAAACUUUUGGUGCCCUAGCCAUAACAUCUUAGAAAAAAUUAAACCAGAAACUUGUCACCAUUGGCACAACCGAAUUUGUCACAUACUAACAGACAUAGAAAAGAGACUUAAAUUCGAUCAUAAUGUUAUAUUUGAUUAUUUCGUUAAAAGUAAAUAAAUCCAGCUUAGCUUGGUGUUAUAGCCCCUAUAGUUCGAUACGGUACACAUGCAUACAGAAUGCUACAGUAGUUGACGAGAGAAAGUAGAUCUGUUAGACCAAAAACACUGUUGUAACAGACAAGAGUAAAUAGCUGUAAACAUUGAUGUAAAAGUUGGAAUAUUUCAUUAACUCAAGUGUUUUGGCAACAAACUCCUUGAGAGGUCUGUACUUAACCUUAAAUACGAGUAUCAGUAAACUUGCAGCUUACAAUAUCUACCAUACCUACAACCAGUGUCAGGCAUGCAGUGAACUAAUAGGAUAGGUCUGUCAUCAAUGCACCCCGCAUUGUGUGCAUUGCAAUCAGCCUGUUUCUACUUUAUAACGCUUGUAGGUAUUGUGACUUUAUUUUAUUUUAGACUUGUCUUUAUACCAGGAAUUCCUAAACUUUGAGAAUAACAGAAUAACUAACAAAUAAGUACAUUUUAUUUAUGUUACCAAUAAACAACCUGUAUUUAUUUAUAAUCAGCAUGCAAAACUGUCUACUGAAUUAGGCUGUAAUUAUUAUGUA